CACCGCACCAUGUACAUUCCAUAGGGAAAAAAAAUAGCAGACAGAGCAGCGAGUAAGAAAAAAAAGUAAAAAUCCUCGUAUCAGAGUCAGAAAAAUAUAUAGGGUUUGCCAACUUUUAAAUCGCCCUGUAAAGUUACAGUAACUUUUCUUACUAACGUAAAGAAAAUAAUUUUCUAGGAAGGAGUAAACCGUCUAGGGGUCGUAUUACAGUAUUCCAGACCUCUCAUGUCAAAAGUUCUUUUCUUCCACAAAAGUGGGGGAUGGUGGAUGCUUCUGCGAGUUUGGAAAACGAUUCAAACUACAACAAUGCACGGCGUCGCCGAUACACUUAUUUUAUUUGUUAUGCUUAACUUUGCAAAAACUUCAAACCUGACUUCACAUGCAUUUUCUGGAGAAAGUAGUAAAUUGACCAAAAUCGGGUGUCGUUGACUUGUAUACAAAACUGAUUGAUAUGGCGUUGAUGAGAAGUUUGGAUAAUGGGAAGCUCGGAGAAAAUACAGGAUUUCCUUUAUUGGUACUAUUAGUUUAGAAGCAGUUUUUUUUUUUUUUUUAUCCCCAGGACAUGCAACGCGGUUGAAGAAAUAUUUUGCCAUACACUACAACAGAAAAGGGGAAGUUUAAUUCUUGUGGAUACGGUGUUGCAUAGUUAGGCUUUCCAAGAUGUCUUCCCGAGGAUGUGCCUUUGUUGAAAGAUUUGGGAUGUUUUUGGUAUUGGGGUAUUUCUUUUUCCCAAUUUAUUUGGGCAAAGCGCUGCAAAACAACAGUGGGUUAUUCGAACACUGUAAGAAAACGUCAACUUGUGAAGCUUUGAAAUACAACACAUGUCUUGGCUCGCCAUUGCCCUACACUUACACCUCUGUUAUUCUGGCUGAAGAUUCCAACUCUCAAGAAGAAGCAUUGGAAAAACUGACCAUGUGGUCAGGUCUGAGGAACGCUCCUCGCUGCUGGGAAGUCAUUCAGCCCUUGCUGUGUUCUGUCUACAUGCCCAAGUGUGACAAUGGGAAGGUGGAACUGCCCAGCCAGAGCCUCUGCCAUAAGACCAGAGGACCCUGCGCCAUUGUGGAGCGGGAGAGAGGCUGGCCAGACUUCCUGAAGUGCACUACUGAUAAAUUUCCCGUAGGAUGUCCGAAUGAGGUUCAGAACAUCAAGUUCAACAGCUCCGGGCAAUGCGAGUCCCCUCUGGUGAAGACAGACAACCCGAACAGCUGGUAUGAGGACGUGGAGGGCUGUGGUAUUCAGUGUCAUAACCCGCUGUUCACUGAGGAAGAGCACAGGGACAUGCACGUCUAUAUCGCUAUCUUUGGCUCCAUCACCAUCUUCUGUACCUUCUUCACACUGGCCACUUUUGUAGCUGACUGGAAGAACUCAAACCGCUAUCCUGCCGUCAUUCUGUUUUAUGUCAACGCUUGUUUCUUCAUCGGAAGUAUUGGCUGGCUGGCACAGUUCAUGGACGGUGCCCGUGGAGAGAUUGUGUGUAAAGGAGAUGGGACCAUGAGACUUGGCGAGCCAACGUCUACAGAGACUCUUUCCUGUGUGAUUAUCUUUGUGAUCGUCUAUUACUCCCUGAUGUCGGGGGUCAUCUGGUUCGUUAUACUGACCUAUGCCUGGCACACUUCCUUUAAAGCACUUGGCACCACUUACCAGCCUCUGGCUGGCAAGACGUCCUACUUCCACUUGGUUACAUGGUCCAUUCCUUUUGUGCUGACUGUGGCAAUAUUGGCAAUGGCUGAGGUGGAUGGAGACUCAGUUAGUGGAAUCUGCUUUGUUGGCUACAAGCACUACCACUACAGAGCGGGCUUUGUGCUGGCUCCCAUUGGGCUUGUCUUGAUUGUUGGUGGCUACUUUCUUAUUCGAGGUGUCAUGACGUUGUUCUCAAUUAAGAGUAACCAUCCUGGGCUUCUGAGUGAAAAGGCAGCCAGCAAAAUUAAUGAAACCAUGCUCAGGCUCGGUAUAUUUGGAUUCCUGGCCUUCGGCUUUGUUUUUAUUACAUUUGGCUGCCACUUCUAUGACUUCUUCAACCAGGCUGAAUGGGAGAGAAGCUUUAGAGAAUAUGUGUUGUGUGAAGCAAAUGUGACAAUUGCACACCAAGCCAACAAGCCAGUGCCGGAAUGUGCCAUCAAGAACCGGCCUAGCCUGCUGGUGGAGAAGAUCAACCUCUUCGCUAUGUUUGGGACCGGCAUCGCCAUGAGUACGUGGGUGUGGACCAAAGCCACAGUCCUCAUCUGGAAACGCACCUGGUGCAGGGUUAUUGGUCGGAGCGAUGAUGAACCGAAGCGGAUAAAGAAAAGCAAGAUGAUUGCUAAAGCGUUCUCCAAACGAAAGGAGUUAAUGAAGAAUCCUGAGAAAGAACUGUCCUUCAGCAUGCAGACUGUCUCUCAUGAUGGACCUGUAGCUGGUUUAAACUUUGAAUUGAAUGAACCUUCUGUGGAAAUGUCCUCUGCCUGGGCCCAACAUGUCACCAAGAUGGUUGCCAGGCGAGGAGCCAUUCUGCCUCAAGAUAUCUCUGUCACUCCCACAGGAACACCAACGCCACCUGAGGACAGCAGGAAGAACCUUUGGAUAGUGGAAGCAGAGAUUCCUCCUGAGCUCCACAAGAAGAAAAAGAAAAAGAGGAGGAAAAAGGAAGUGCGCCCCCUGGGCCCGACGGCGGAGGGUUACAACAUGGGUUAUGAAAGGGCCUCCAGCGCCGUACCGCGCCUCCCCAGGCUGCCCUGCCAGAAGAGCCUGGUGGCCAAGACCUGGGAGCCUGUCUCCCCUGAGGAAGUCCUGCCUGGCUCCUUCCCAGAGUUCAGACCAACCGCACCACCACCAUACCAGGAGCAAAAUUCCAAUGCAGUCUUCAGCGGCCCUUCAGAUUACAGAAGACAUACUGCGCUGAACAUGAUUGCAAACCCCUUGUCUGCGGACAGCAGGUUCCAGGAGGACCUCGGGUUUGUGAACAGUGGACGCUUCCACCCCCAACUGAGGCAGUACAAUGGAUCGUUCCGCCACUCCACUGGGGAGGUGGAGCCUGCCUCUUUGCCCAAUGGGAAUAUGUCUUAUGUGCCCAGAACUCAAGGGAGAAGAGCUGGCCUGGCACCCAUCCAUUCCAGAACCAACCUAAUGGAUGCAGAACUAAUGGAUACAGAUUCAGACUUCUGAGUGCCCUUUGCUGUAGCAGAAAGCGCUGGAUGCUUUUUAGUUCGACCCCUCCCUUUUUUCCAAUAUAUUAAAAACAAAAAAACAAACUGAAACGAUUUGGGCGGGCGGGGGGUAGUUUUAGAAGGCCAGGUUAGCCAGUAGAAAAGGGAAGGGUUGCAGGUAACCACUUCAAACUACCAAAAAUAUGUGUAUCACAUCUAUUCUCUGAAUACAGAAGAAACUGCCAGUACGUUGAUUUUUACACCCAGUGAACUGUUGGUGAAGCCAUAAAGGAAAAUACCAGAGUGCUACGAACAAUCAGAUUUCUCACUCAAGCUCUCAAAAGGGACCAGUACUUUUUUUAAACUAUAUACGUCAUUACAUAGCAUGGCAGGAGACUUCCAAUAUACAGCCAAUCUUUGUUUGAAAACAAGGAUUAUCAGUAAUAAUAAUUGUAUCCUUAACAAUAUUUAAUGUUUGAUCUGAUGUGUCAGUUUAGGUUUACACAGCCCAGAGAGGUAUUUCUAUUCAUGCAAAAGUCAUGUGCUGAAGAUGACAGCUUGGAACCAUUUCUACAGUUGAAGCUCUGGGCUGCUGGACCCUUAUUCUGUGACAAGAAGACACUCAUCAUGGAAACCCACAACCUUGCUUUGCCCUGUCAUGAAGAUUUAUGUUUGCUUAGGAUUGUCUGUUGUCUUUUCACUUUGGAUAUUUAGAUUAUGGAUUUCAUUUUAUCCAAUUAUUUAGUAUUGUAUGAAACAGAGCUGCCUAUUUUUUAUUUUUAAAAAUGUAUAGGGUUACAGUUCUAGCAAAAGGAAAAAACUCAACGAACAAACAGUUCUAAGACAGAGCCUGGUGUUUUUAUUUUUUCUAAUUUCCAGAAGUGUGACUCGUGCUUUUUGAUACUUGGUGACUUGGAAAGCCUAGUAGAAAUGCUGUAGAUACUGUAUCUGGCAACUGAGGAUUACAAAAAAAGUAUUUAGCAGCGCCACCUUGUGGUUUAUUUUAAACAACGUCUUGCUGUUAAAAUACAGUAAAAACAUAAAUAUUUAAGGAAGUGGAACUUGCUGGAAACAUGCCUUGCAAGGUGGCAAACAAUCAACCAAUUGUGUCAUAUGAGAGCAGUUAGCUGUGUACACACUUCUGCAUUCAGAACAGUUGAGAUCCCCUUUUGCUUGCUGAUGAAGGGAAACGAGUAACUGACGAUGAAUGAACUGCUCUGAGUUUCAGCAUUGGAUGAAUCUUGCUCCAUUACAGGUCUGUGGAUAGCUUUCUUUUCACAAAGAGUUUAAUGCAAGUUGAUAUAGUGUGUUCGAAGGCAUAUGGUUAACUGUUCAAAACAGUAUCAUUGAAGAAUGUUCAAAGGCCUAAUUGUUCAAAGGCCUAAUUGGAGCUGUGUAUAAACGUACACUUGUCCUAAAUUUUGCUUGAUGAUAGAAUAAUUAGGCUUAUAAAAUAAGACCAUUGUUCAUUGAUCUAACUUUUAAGGAUAUAAUGGUUUGAGUGAGGCUUCAUUUGUAUUGCCAUAUGUUUUUACUUUCUCUGUAUAUGAUGUAUUUCAUAUAGUUUACAUAAACCCGUUAUUUUGUGCAGUAAAUAAUAUAUUACCGAUGUUACUGUAGUAGGAAUUGAGAUGCUAGGCUAGUGUAGACAAAGUCUGAAGAACAGAACAAAUUAAGUUUUUUUUUAAAUGAGUUGCAUAAUUGGGUUAUGCUAUUUCAGUUGGGUUUACUGUUUGUUGGACUACACAGCUUGAUCACAAGUACCAGUACUUUCAAUUUGGCAUUAGUUGGCAUUCACAACCACAGCAUUGAAAGUGAGGGAAAACAAAAAUCUAUUUUAAUAAUUUAUUGUUUAAAAAUGUAGGAGUGAAGUGAAUAUUUCACAGUGAUAAUAUCUUUUAGGGAUGGGAAUCCCUUCUAGAGCCUGUUCACUUGGUCAGCUGAAUAGACUAUGGUUGCUUGUUGAAGCUAAACCAUCUUGUAACAUCCAUAAACAAUUAGGCAAAUUAGGCAAAUGUUUCAGCUGAUGUCUUUGUCAGUGCCAGUCAUCUGCAGAGGCCUCAUUUUAAAGGCACUAGCAGAUCAAUCAGGCCUGGGUCAUGUCUGCAAUCAAUGAUUCUACCAUGAAAACUGAAUGGUGUCUUUGGCAAUUUUACCGUAGUCAUUCUUAUUAAUGACCUUUUAUUAAGGCAGUGUGAAAUUGACCUACAGAUACAGUUCAUAUACAGCGUGUGUGAUGUCAUAUUGAUAUUGUGGUACACAGAGAUUGUACCUGUAAAAGUUUAUAGCAAAAGGGUUAUUUUUAUAUGUUAACUUUUGUUGUAAUCAAUAUGCAUGUGUCUGUAGUAACACAGUGCAUUCUAAUGUUUUUUUUUUAAAGGGAUGUAAUUAAUCUAUAUAAGGAGAGCUAGGUACAUUUAUUUAAUCAAUUCUUCUCAAUGGCUAAUCUAAAUACCACCUUCAUUUAAAUUAUUAAAUUUGGACAUCCCUGUCAUUUUACAUAUUUCUACAGACAGAAAUACACUAAAGAGACUUAACAUGCGCAGUUGGGUCUAACUUUGAUACCCAAAGAGGUUUUUUCUUUUCAAUUAUUUAAACAGCAGCGCAAUUUAAGAGACCCCUUUUUAUAUGUUAUGAAUUAUGGAAAUGAGUUCCAAUAUGCAAUCACUGAAACAGAAAAGCAAAGAAUUUACUGUAAUUGUGUUUCUUCUGCCCGAAACCUGAUUCCAGAAAUAAUUCUCAGUGAGCGGGACGUCCCAGAGAUAGCUUUCGCCUCUGCAAGCACGCGCAUUUAGAUGAGAAUGAUCAGUAAAGCAUUCCGGUGCAAGCUAAGUGAGCACACGCAGGACAACGGGGAACAUGUGUCAGUUUGGUAUGAAAGGGGUCCCAUAUGUUACAUUUUUGGCCCAUCAAUGUUCUCCUUUUAGAACAUACCUGCAAAUGGAAAUAAUUACUUUUAACUGCAGGUUUAGUUUAAAAAAGCCCAGCAGCACUGGGCAGUGGAAAUGUAGCUUUGGUUUCCAAGUGAGAACUCCUGUGGGUCUGUCGAAUGAGAACAUGCACCAGACCAAGCAAUAGGUUUCAAAUCAACUGGAGGCUGUGUGGUCCAGUGGUUAAAGAAACGGGCUUGUAAUCCCACCUCAGCCACUGCCUCAUUGUGUGACCCUGUGCUCCGUCUUUCGGGUGAGAUGUAGUUGUAAGUGACUCUGCAUAGUUCACACACCCUAGUCUCUGUAAGUCACCUUGGAUAAAGGUGUCUGCUAAAUAAACUAAUAACUUGCUGUAGUGGUUUGGUCCAUUUGGCCCGCUUAGUCCUAGUGUGUUUCAUAUUCAGAAAAUGAGUGUAGCCACAAAAGCCUAAAAUGUUUGUAUAUGAGAGAAGAUUGGUCUAUAAUGCAGAGGUUUAUGUUUUAAGAGUGGUCUACACUUUCACAAGUCCUAUCGUAGCGUGUCCUUCAGUACUAACAAUACAAAUUGAAACACAUCGAAUCUUACUGUAAGUAUUCUUCACUUUUUUAUAAUAUGUUAAUGUUUUCUAUGUAAAUGCCACCUUAAGACUUUAUUUUAAAAAAAGGUUUUUCAAGGACAAAAUAAUCCUUUUUUUUGUUGUUGUUGUUUUUGGUUUGUGGUUUUGUUGUUAAAUUCAAAUCGGAGUGAAGUAUGUCCUAAGUCAUGUGUCUUAAGGGUAUCAGGGGGGUUAUUUCAAGGUAGGGAGAACACAUUUUCAUAAUUCUGUUUUGAUCUGUGUUCUUUCUGAUAAAACUACAUAAAAACAGAAUAUAAGAUUUAACUGCUGACAAUAUGGAAUAAAAUGGUAAUCUCCUGGGGCUGUAUAUUGUUUUUAUUCAUUUACCCCAAAUAAUAAAUCUAGCAUUCAUUGUCAAUCCCUUGUUAUAAUUUAAUUUUCACAAGUACUGUUAAAGCUAUAUAAAAUCAGUUGUAUUUUUGUACAUGUAAAUAAUAAAUAGCUUUCUUUGUCCUUGUAGACCUUUUAUUUUCUGUGCACUUAUAAUGUAAUGAUAUUCCAAAAACUGACCCUGCCUCCCAUCAAAAUAUGAAAUUGUCAUAAGAACAUAAGAACAUAAGAAAGUUUACAAACGAGAGGAGGCCAUUCAGCCCAUCUUGCUUGUUUUGGUUGUUAGUAGCUUAUUGAUCCCAGAAUCUCAUCAAGCAGCUUCUUGAAGAAUCCUAGGGUGUCAGCUUCAAAAACAUUAUUGGGGAGUUGGUUCCAGACCCUCACAAUUCUCUGUGUAAAAAAGUGCCUCCUAUUUUCUGUUCUGAAUGCCCCUUUAUCUAAUCUCCAUUUGUGACCCCUGGUCCUUGUUUCUUUUUUUCAGGUCAAAAAAGUCCCCUGGGUCGACAUUGUGUAUACCUUUUAAGAUUUUGAAUGUUUGAAUCAGAUUGCCGUGUAGUCUUGUUUGUUCAAGACUGAAUAGAUUCAAUUCUUUUAGCCUGUCUGCAUAUGACAUGCCUUUUAUUAAGAGGAGUCAGUUGGAGUCACUGGUGUUUGAUUUUCUCAAUAUAAAGGAUGUAUCAACUACAAUAUUCAAGGACUGCAAGGAGAUCUUUAUUUAUGUAACAAAAUAUAACAGCAGCAAGUGAGUAUGAGUGCGAGCAUUGACAAGUUCUUUUUUGCACUGAAUGUUUGCAGAUUUCUUUGCCCACCUCGUUGUAUUUACUGGAAACACCUUGACACUCAUGCCGAUUAGUCGUACUUGAAUCAAUCGAAGCCGAUAUCUCACCCUGCCUGGUGGAGUUUUUCAAACCAAAGCUGUAGACCGUUUUAACUCUUAAAGGAAUACAUGGAACACAAAUAUUCAUCCAUUCAUAAACAUAGUGAAGGCUGAGUAACUUGCCUUGCUUGUGUUCUUCAAACCCCUUCCUGGUCUUUUUAUGAUGUUUGCACCUGUUCUUGGCUGCUGUAUUCCCAUGUCUCUUUGGUUCCUCCUUCUUAAGAAACCAUGUGAUAUUGUGAUCUUUUUUUUCUCCACCUGCUUCCACACUAUACUGUACUAUGAAAAAAUGAUUGCCAGCAGAGUUGAAAGGUCACGAUAACACAUGUUUCUAAGGAACCAAAGAGAUGGCAAAACAACAUUAAAGUUUAAAUUAUUGCACAUGAUCACUAAUUACACAUUUUAUGUCUGAGCAAAGAGCAGUAAAACAAAAAAGCUUUGUAUACUUCCACAUUGAUAAUGCUGUGGUAUAGUAAAUAUAAAGGCACACAUAACAACUCAUUAGAAAAUGUUUAUAAAUAGGACCCAAUGUCUCGUAUAAGUACUCCAUAAACUAAACAACUUUCACUUACUCCUAUUAUAUGUAAUUUGUUAGAAAUGCAUAGUAGAAACUAAUACUUUACACACAGCUACUGUGCAAACCUGUGGCAUUUGGGGCAGUGGCAACUUUUAGCACUCUUGUAUGAGUUAAUGGUACAUUUUUAUAAAACGAGGCAAGAGAAAUGUAAACUCAAAUUAAAAAUGUUCAUUUAUAAAAAUAAACUGAAAACAACAGAACACUUGAAAGUAUUACAUUUUGGAAAAGCCAUAACCUGUUUUUGUGUUAUUGGGAUAACUGUGUUAUCUUGAGUUUAUAUAGGAGUUUUGUACAUGAUAUGAAGAAAAAAAAAAACAGACAAGAUGUGUUUAGACCAUUUUUUCUUUAACAUCAAAUGAUUUAAAAAUAGAUUUCCUUUCAUUUAGAUUUGAAUCUGACAUGCAGCCUUACUAGACAAUUGUCUCCUUUAAUAAAAUGAUGGUGGUCAUAUUUGUCAGUUCCCAUAUUCAUCUCGUGUCGUUUGUGUAAUCUAAUUGAGAUUAAAUACACAUUCAACAAAACGAACAGAAAAGAUCCUAUAGAAGAUAAACAGUCUUAAAAUAUUUUCCCUGGAUUGUUUAAAACAAGUUAUGCUAAAGCAAAGACUUGGCAAGGUAAGACUGAAUAAACAAGUCAAGUGUUUGUGUUUUUCUUUUAAAAGUAUGGUUUAUAUAAAUAUUGAAUGUCUUUCGAAAUCCGAAAAAUAUUUAAAUGUUUAGGUAAAAAUAGCGAUGUUCUGUAAUCAUUUAUAACGUUUUGUAGUGUUCAUUGGAUGCUACAUUAAUGUUCGUUGUCAGUAUUAUGGGUGUGUGGCAAGAAGGAAACAGAAUUCUAAGAUGCAUUGAAUUUAACAUCCCACAGACUUAGACAUUUGCAAUGCCAUUUAGCAUCACAUACAUUAGAAAUGUGUAGUGACAUGCAAUAGCAUCACGUUACAUUUACAAUAAUAUCCUUAUUUUUACAUUCAACAUUUAUAAUUAUAUAUCGAGUGUUAGAAAUCAGUAAUUUAAUAUCCAAAUAUUUAAAAAUAAUUUUAGGAGGCUGUGUGGUCCAGUGGUUAAAGAAAAGGGCUUAUAACCAGGAGGUCCCGGUUUAAACAAGUCACUUAACCUCCUUGUGCUCCGUCUUUCGGAUGCGAUGUUGUUGUGACUCUGCAGCUGAUGCAUGGUUCACACACCCUAGUCUCUGUAAGUCACCUUGGAUAAAGGUGUCUGCUAAAUAAACAAAUAAUAAUAAUAUAUAGAGUGUUAGAAAUCUGUAAUUUAAUAUCCAAAUCACCUAAUUUUUACAGUCUUAAACAGUAUGGGGUCACCAGAUUUCAGCAAUGACUGUUACUUUUUAAAAUAGGAAUUUACACCCAUUUAUGUAACCAGUAAGUUAGGACUAGUGCAAUACAGUUGUCGGCAGAAAAUAUGAAUUUUGCAUUCUAGAUUUUGAUAUUGUUGUAUUUCAGGCAUGCCACUUAAAAUUGCAGACCACUAUUUGCCCAUUUUUUUCUUCCAGAAUUUACAUUAGUCUUUCUAUAAGUUACAUACAGCAGAGUUAAAUUGUUAACAAUCUAGCAACUAAUAUUAGAUUUGCACCAAAAACAUGCCUGAUAAAGUUUUGCUGAUAUUGGUCUCUGUAUGGAGCAAAAAUGCCAAUUCCUCAAAUUACCCCAGCAGAGGAGAGCUCAAAACUACCCAAUUUAAUUUGGUAGCCCAAUAAUUUGGAAUUUUUAUUAAAAUAAAAAUUCUGCAAUUUUAUUUGUCUGCAUUUUCAUUGCGGCUGGAAUUUUCUAUGCGUAGGCCAUCAAACCAGGAAGCAGUGACUGAGGUACAGUGUUAGAAUUGUUUCUUAUCUGUGGGUGUUGGAGCAAAGCCUUUGCAUUUAAUUUGACUUUGAGUGUAUGGUUAGCUUGGCUAGGAGAUUUGGUACUUUUCUGUUUUAAUUUUCGUAGCCACAUUAUUACUAGUCUUAAUUCAGGUAAAAAAAAAAAAGGAUUGGUAUUCAGCCCUGACUGAGAUCAUGGAAUUUGUCUUCCAAUUUGUGUGUGAAUCUAGCCAGGUAUAGCCUAAUAUCCAGUCAAUACUUAAAAACUGUAACAGAAUUGUAUCGCUGUAUCCCCCUCAUUAAGAAGGUUGCAGCUGUUCCACAAUUCAUUCUGGACUACUCUAGCCUUGUGAUUAUUACAUCAUCUGUUUAUCUGAUAAAGCCAUUCAUGCUUUCAAUUCAGCUAAACUUUGGCAUGUGAAGCAGUAUUAUUAUUAUUUAGCAGACGCCUUUAUCCAGGGUGACUUACAGAGACGAGGGUGUGUGAACUAUGCAUCAGCUGCAGAGUCACUUACAAUUACGUCUCACCCGAAAGACGGAGCACAAGGAGGUUAAGUGACUUGCUCAGGGUCACACACUGAGGCAGUGGCUGAGGUGGGAUUUGAACUGGGGACCUGCUGGUUACAAGCCCUUUUCUUUAACCACUGGACCACACAGCCUCCAGUUGAUUUGAAACCUAUUGCUUGGUCUGGUGCAUGUUCUCAUUCGACAGACCCACAGGAGUUCUCACUUGGAGUAACAGCUUGAGGCAAUGUCUAUUGUUCCUAUUAUGUCAAGCUGAAUUUAUGGAUCUCCGUGGUUCUUAUUAAGUUCCGCCUGAUUUCUAAAAUAUUAAAAUGGGAAAAGUUUUUUUUCUCGCAUACACUGUUUUUUAUUUUUUUAUUUAUUUAUUUUUGUCCUGGGCUAUUGUAUUUAGCCCAUUUGUUACAGGCAGAUGUGUCACCCCAAGACUUGUAGGAAUGUACAUGUAACCACUCCUUGGGGUGACAUCCUUGCCAACAUUAGACCUGAAACAAAUUUUUUGGGGUUGUUGCCUGAUUUAGGGGAAAGUUGUUUGUUGUAGGUUGCAUUAGACUAUCAACUCUUCAGUGUUGAAGACCAGAGGCAUGCUGAAAAUCCAUCUGGGAAGAAACUGUUUUCAUCUACAGUGCUCUCAUCCUGACCAAUUCUGUUCAGGGGGCUCUCCUACUGAAAGCUUGAAAAAAAUAUAAGUCCACUUUAAUUUAGUAACCUGAGAAUAAACAUUUGUGUUUUACUACCAGCUUUUAUUUUUACCAGCAGCCCUGAUCAGGAUCUGAAAAACAAGAUUCUUUGAUCGUGUAACCCACAAACUCUCAUCUGGCAUUAGAGAAAAUAUUGUCAGCUUUAGUAUUAGUAACAAAAAAUGUAUGCCUCUGCAAUUAGGAAGUUCUUACUAAAGGUACAUUUCUUACUAAACAAUUAAGUGAGAAGGGUAUUUCCAUAUGAAAUCAAUCAAAAAAUUCAAAUUUUUCACUUGACCGCCUCUGAUUUUAAUAAACUUUUGCACAUAUUAAAGAAAUGGUUACAC